AUGCAAGCAGCAUGGGAUGAUCCGCUACCUAAAGAAAUUCAUUCAGAAUGGGUUCAAUUUAAAGACCAUCUACCAUCCUUGAAUGAAAUCAGAUUUAAUCGGUGCGUACUUGCUCGCGACACAAUUAAUGUUCAAAUGCACGGGUUCUGUGACGCCAGCGAGAAGGGUUACGGGGCCUGCAUUUACUUGCGGUCCACUGAUAAGCAGGGCCAGCACCAUUCAUCUCUCGUUUACUCCAAAUCUCGAGUCGCCCCAGUACAGACAACAACAUUACCGCGAUUAGAAUUAUGCGCCGCUCUUCUGCUUUCACGUCUCUACGAGGCCACUGGUUCGGCAUUACAGCAUGUAAAGUUCAGUCAAACUAUUUUCUGGUCAGAUUCCACAGUGGCUCUGCAUUGGAUUAAUACACCUCCGCACACUUUAAAAACCUUCGUGUCAAAUCGAGUAGCGAAAAUCCAAGAAAUUAUACAAAACGUCGCUAAUCUCACGUGGAGGCACGUACCCAUGAAUGAAAAUCCUGCCGAUUUAUGUUUUCGGGGGCAAUUACCAGACAAAUUUAUGUCCGACAUCGUAUUUUGGCAGCGUGGUCCUCACUGGCUUAUCCAGGAGGAAUGCAGUUGGCCUAACUUGGAAUUAAAAAGGUGCGAAAUCCCCGAACGUAAAUCCAAUUUGCCGCAUAUUGCAAUGGCAAUUACUUUAUUAAACAAGUCUAACGACUCAGACAAAUCUGACGAAGCUGAAACCGUUUUCAAACAAUUUUCUUCCUUUGAAAAAUUAAAGCGAGUACUCGCGUAUUGUUUUCGAUUUCGUCACAAUACACAAAAAAGCAAUUCUGUAAAGUUAACCGUCGAACUUUCUGAAACAGAACUAAAAUUAUCAACAGAACGCAUUAUUGAACUCACUCAAGCAAAUACCUUUGCGAAAGAAAUUGAUAGCUUAGCACAUAAGGGAGCUGUCGAUUCAAAGAGCAAAAUUCUUAACCUCAAUCCGUUUUUAGAUCAGGGAAUUUUGAAAGUAGGUGGCAGGUUCACCCAUUCAGACUUAGCAUAUAAUCAGAAACAUCCGAUUCUGCUUCCACGAAAACAUCACGUGACUGAUCUUAUUAUUCGCGACACUAACUUCACGUUAAAACAUUCGGGAGUUCAAGCUACCCUGUAUUCUGUAAGAGAACGAUACUGGCCCAUCGAUGGGAGAAAUGUGACGCGUCGAUUAAUUUAUCAGUGCAUUAAAUGUUUUCGUUCAAAGCCUCGCGGUAUUGAUCAUCAAAUGGGAAACCUACCGUCGGAUCGAUUAGAAUAUUCGUGA